CCAUUUAAGAGGGUAGUUAAAGUAGUAGGUGAAGCUGGUUCAAAGACUCACAGGAAGAAGAAGAAGACGAAGAUAUUUGUUGAAAUGGAGUACUCACAGUCAAGCAAAGUAUUAGCUGAUGAUGAGGAGGAGUUGAUGGAGAAGAGAAGUUACCAUAUAUUUCCAUGCCACUUCCUUGAAGAAGCAGUCAGGGCUUUCUUCAAGUGUUUGGGUAUUGAGACUAAAUCUCAGGAGGACAACGAAAACCCCAAGAGAGCUACUCCUGCUUCAACCCCAGAACAGAAUGAUGCAGAUCCAUCACUUCCGACGACGGACGAAGAUCCUCCAUCUUCAUCAGCUACAACAGGAACCACAGUUAGUCUCUCUUUCUCACGACGAAGUUGCUGCAGAUACAAGGACAAAUUUGAGCGCUCGUGCAAGACCAGGACUAAGCGUAGGGGGAGGUGGGAGAAUUAAUUCAUCAAACAAUUAACCUCAGUUCAUCUUGUUUAAACACCCCCUCCAUGUUCUGUGGAGAUAUCUAUGGUUAACAAGUCUGUUAAUUAAAUAUCUAUGUAUAUAGGUAAUCUCCUGCGUUUUUUUAGUUCUUUUUCCUCCCUUUUUUUUUUUGGUCUGUUUUUAAUUUUGUAUGAGAUAUUGCAUCGUGUGAUUGUGUUAAAUGAAAGGAAACUCUUUCUGACAAAAAUUCAACUUA